AUGCCGUCGGGAUCAGGCAGAGAUGAUCUACCAAAACACGAAACCUACAAAGGAAUGGAGUGGUUAAGACCAUAUAUCGAUCAUCGCUCGUCAAAAACAAACCUACACGAAGCGAAGCGGCAAAAAGUUACGAACGUAGAUGUACUUGCAAAAGCCGACUCUGAGUCUAAUACAAGCGGUGCAAACAAUACUUCUAGUGGUUUGAAUAGCGACGAAGAGCACUCGAUAACUGAAGAGACAUAUUCGAUUGAGGGUAUGCAUGAUUUAAUUGAUGAAAGUGACGUACAGACAUUGCAUGAUAUGAUUUGUGAAACUGAUGAUGACAUAACUAUUGGUGAUAAGACUGAUGCUGACUUUGUACCUAAAUCCAACAAAAAUAAAGCUAGUAUAAAGAGAAAGAGAGCUUGGAAUGAAGCAAACAAAGCGCCAACAAACGUGGAAAUGGACAAAGUGCUUUACAAUGCUGCAAAGUCAAUUGACAACCAUUUAAAAGAAAGUAAAGAUGAGCAUAGCCCUGCUAAAUUUCACAGCAACAAUGCUAUUGGGGAAGAUGAUGAGGAAACAUUGUUUUGUCGCAGUUUGAUACCAAGGCUUAGGAGAAUACUCCGUCUACAUAGAGGAUUGGUAAGACUUGAAAUUGAACAAAUAUUUUACCAAGUUGAAUGUUCUAGCUUACAAGAACAACAACAACAACCAAGGAUUGGGAGUAAAAACAGUCAAUCUACAUUUCAUUUUAUCACACAUGAAGAUAAAACAUCCCAAGAAAAAAAUAAAACAUCCCAAGAAAAAAAUACUGAACAAUAA